UUGUCCAAACGCUUGCAAACUUUUCGAACUUACCAGCGACCCGUCAGCAUCACAAUCACACCGUCUUUAAGGGAGUUGUCGAGAAUCGAGAUGGUGACGUUCAUCGCGCGCUCGCCACAUCGCCUGCGUGCCGGUGACAAAUCCGCUUUCCCUUUCGUUUGAUAUCGUAUCUCCUUUGUGCGCUGUUCGUGAACUUCUUGAGGUUGAGGGCGAAAGCGAGCAAUAUGGUAUUGACGACGACGAAUUUGGCCGCCGGGGAGUCCCUUCCCUGCACCUUCGCUUCCAGAUACGUUCGGACCUCUCUUCCCAGGUUCCAGUUGCCAGAUUGUUCUAUACCGAAAGAGGCUGCGUAUCAGAUCAUAAAUGAUGAAUUGAUGCUGGAUGGUAACCCGAGGCUGAACCUUGCCUCAUUUGUGACAACAUGGAUGGAGCCAGAGUGCGACCGCCUCAUUAUGUCUGCAAUCAACAAGAAUUAUGUGGACAUGGAUGAGUAUCCUGUUACCACUGAACUGCAGAACCGCUGCGUUAAUAUAAUUGCCCACCUUUUCAAUGCUCCCAUUGGUGAGGAUGAAACUGCAAUAGGAGUUGGAACUGUUGGUUCAUCAGAAGCGAUAAUGCUGGCUGGGUUGGCAUUCAAGAGGAAGUGGCAGAACCGAAGACAGGCGGAGGGGAAGCCUUACGACAAGCCCAACAUAGUUACUGGUGCAAACGUUCAGGUUUGCUGGGAAAAAUUUGCAAGGUAUUUUGAAGUAGAGUUAAAAGAAGUAAAACUAAGGGAGGGGUUUUAUGUCAUGGACCCUGAAAAGGCUGUGGAGAUGGUCGAUGAAAAUACUAUUUGCGUUGCUGCUAUUUUGGGUUCUACUCUAACCGGGGAGUUCGAAGACGUUAAACUUCUGAAUGAUCUUCUUGCGGAGAAGAACAAACAAACCGGUUGGGCUACUCCAAUUCAUGUGGAUGCUGCAAGUGGUGGGUUUAUUGCACCUUUCCUUUAUCCAGAGUUGGAAUGGGAUUUUCGCUUGCCAUUAGUGAAGAGCAUCAAUGCCAGUGGUCACAAAUACGGAUUGGUCUAUGCUGGUGUUGGCUGGGUGGUUUGGAGGAGCAAGGAGGAUUUGCCUGAAGAACUUAUUUUCCAUAUAAACUAUUUGGGUGCAGAUCAACCGACUUUCACUCUCAAUUUCUCCAAAGGUUCAAGCCAUAUUAUUGCUCAGUACUACCAGUUUAUACGAUUGGGAUAUGAGGGAUACAAAAACAUCAUGGAGAACUGCGUGGAGAAUGCAAGAAUCCUCAAGGAAGGCAUUGAAAGUACUGGGAGGUUUGAUAUAGUCUCAAAAGACAGUGGAGUGCCCCUUGUUGCCUUCAAACUGAAGGACAGUAGCCAACACACAGUCUUUGAGAUAUCAGAUAGCCUAAGAAGGUUUGGGUGGAUAGUCCCGGCCUACACAAUGCCACCUGAUGCAGAGCAUGUGGCAGUUCUGAGAGUGGUGAUCAGGGAAGACUUUAGCAGAAGCCUCGCUGAGCGACUUGUUGCGGACAUCAACAAGGUGCUGUUGGAGAUCGAAGCUCUCCCGAGCCGGAUAGCAAAGAUUGCUGCCGUUACAUCUGAGAUAAGUGGUAACGACGGCACCGUGCCGAAGAAGAGCGUCGAUGAGGUGCAGAAGGAGGUAAUCACUUUCUGGAAUAGGCUAGUGGAGAAGAAGAAGACUAAUGGUGUUUGUUGAUGCCUGAGGGGAGGUUUUUUGUCAUAUGCAGUGUGAAGUUUUCUGUCGAGUAAUGUACAAUAUAUUUGCAUGUGAGUCGUUUGGUUUGUGGCCGGCCUGCCUAUUUCUGUAGGGAGAGUAAGUAAAUUAGUUGAGCUUUUUCUCCUUAGGGGCUUAAACAUCCACUCUAUGUGUAUCUAUAUCCUACCUUUUAUAUGAUGAGUGUUUUUGCUAUUUUCUGGCUUUUCUGUGUUA